CAAUGCACAAUUAAACAAAGAUAAUAUACAGAUGUUUAUGAUCUGUGGCAUAAUGAGUUGAAUGAACUAAACUGAUUAACUGAAACAGAAACAGGUACAGAAAAAAAACAAACUACAUGAAGGACGACCAAACUGAAAUGCAAGGGUGUGGCAUAUGUGACAGUUUAAACUCCAGAUCAUUAAUUCUUACACCAUGGCAAAAGUGAGGACAGUAACAAGACUCAAGGCGGUCACCCUGAAUCAGCAAGGUCUCUCUGAAGCAGGCGUUUCAAGGCAGACAGGAGUUUCAGAUGUGCUGUCCAAGCUUUUCAGAAGAAGCACAAAGAAAUGGGAAAGGUUGAGGACUAGGAAACUGAGUGCAGCAGUCAAGAAGUGCAUCAAACUGAUGUCCUUUCUAAAUCAAGUCUAACAUUGCCAUCAGCUCUAAACUCACAGAAACCACUGGGACCAAAGCACACCUAUUCACGGUCAGAAGUUUUGUUUGAAGUGAUCUUGAAUUGUUGCCAAAAAGCCAUUUCUCCAAAAUGGAAACAAAGCCAAGAGACUCACCUAUGCACAAACACACAAGAACUAGGGUGCUGACCAAUGGCAGCAAGUGCUCUGGACUGACGAGUCCAAAUUUGAAAAUUUUGGUUUAGAUAGGAGGCAGUUUGUCCAUAAAACAGCUGGAGAGUGUUACAUGGAAGAGUGUCUGCAGCGAACAGUGAAGCAUACAGAGGUUCCCCACAGGUUUGGGGCUGCAUUUCUGCAAAUGGAAUUGGUGAUCAGGUCAAAAUUAAUGGAAUCUUCAGUGCUGAGAAGCACAAGCAAAUUCUCAAUCACACAAUACCAUCAGGAAGGCAUCUUUUCAAUCCCAACUUCAUUCUGCAGCAGAACAAUUACCCCAAACACAUGACCAGGAACGUAAAAGAACUAACUUCUAUGAAAAGAACAUGAAAGAGCUCUGCAACAGAUUAUGGACUCCAAAGAACCCAAGACUGUCUGGAAUAACCUGGAGAGACAGGAACAAGCAAGUUUGUAACGGAACUGUAACGGAAGCAAAGUUUGUAAUCGAACUGUAUCAAGAUGCAUGGAACAAGCUACCUGCCAAUUUACUCCUAAAACUGCACAACAGUGUACAGGAUUGAUGCAGUUUUAAAGAAUGCAAGAAGAUAACUGUGAAGCUUCCACAUCCAUAACUCAGCUUCUGAGGGAGAGCUAUUUAGCUGAAGUCCGAAUACAACAAGAGCAUGGAGAGAAAAACCGAUUAGAAGAUAUCUCAGAACAUUUUCAUUAUGGCAGUAAAUCUGGGGGUUCCCAGGAUUUAGAUGGUCAGGACGAAUCCCCUGAUUUGUCUGCGUUUUUGAGCCAGGAAGAAUUAGACAAAAGUGUAAACUUGGCUCAGCAAGCUAUUGCCUUGUGUUCACAUGAAGUAAAUAAAGAUGAAAAGCAGAUCAAUUUAAACUGCCCCAACAAGGAUUUGUCUGACAUUUGGAAACCACCUGGGAACAAAAAGGUUUUAGAAUCUACAAGUUCCUCAACUGUCCCAGAGAAAUCAAAUAACAUAGCAUAUCAGCAUGGAAAUUUCAUCAGAAGCCCCAGCAGCUCAAAAGAAAAUUGCAAACAAUUAAGAAAGCAGCCAAAGAGUACGCCUUACUGCAGUGAAAGAGAGUCCAAAAAAGAUUACUUAAGUAAAGCUGCAGAUUUCAUUGAGGAGUUAUCUUCACUCUUUAAAACAAAUAGUUCAAAACGAAUUAAACCUAGAGCCUGCAAAAGCUCUCGAAGCAGGGCACAGGCGAAGUCUCGUUCACAAAGUCAACAUUCAAACUGGUCUGUUGAUGAGAGAGAGAGGGCACACGCUCCAUUUUCUACACAGGUGUACAAUGAAAGUAAACCAGAGGAAGAAUCUGAAGAAACAGAAGAGGCUCUAGUUUCAUCUGCAUCUGUUGAAAAUAUAACAAUAAAAGCUGAAAACAAUGAGGUUCAGUCAAAGCCUUUAUCUGUUGAAGAUACCAAAGGAGAUCCACCACGGUUCACUCAGCGGCUGAAGAGCAGAGAGGCAGCAGAGGGAAGCAGAGUCCAACUUGAAUGCAUUGUGACUGGAUUACCAAAACCAGAAGUGAGGUGGUACUGUGAAGGAAAGGAACUCAAGAACUCACCUGACAUUCAGAUUGCCUAUGAUGAUAAUCAGUGUUCACUGAUCAUUUCUGAGGCCUUUGAGGAGGAUACAGGACGUUAUACCUGUUUGGCUUCAAAUAUAUAUGGAUCAGAUGCAACGUCUGCAGAACUUUACAUAGAAGGUGUCACUUCAUCUGAAUCCGAACAUGAUUCUGCAAAGGAAGAAAUGAAUGAGAUUCAGGAUCCAAUCCCCAUUGGUGUUGUCGAUCGAUCUUCUCCUCACAGUUCUCCAAAUCUUCAUUCAGAGUGUCACCAGUUAAAUUGCCCAGGUGUCCAGCCUCCAGUACAGCCUAUACAAAAGAUACAAAGCCCUACAAACUUCCUCCAAGGAUUGGAUGGGCUUCCCCUCAUGGCUGCUCCAGUUUUCACAAAGCCACUGCAAGAUGUGACAGCAAUAGAGGGACAGCUGGUCGUGUUGGAAUGCAGAAUAAAAGGAGUACCUUUCCCGAAAAUAGAAUGGUACAGAGAGGAAACUUUAAUAGAAGAUUCUCCUGAUUUCCGAAUCCUGCAGAAAAAGCCAAGAUCAAUGAGCGAUUCAGAGGAGAUAUGCACCCUGGUAAUUGCUGAAGCCUUUGCUGAAGACUCCGGGAUGUUUACAUGUACGGCUAGCAACAAGUAUGGCACCAUGUCAAGCAUGGCUCACCUCUCUGUCCGUGGAACUGAAGAUUGUAAUGCUGUUAAUCUGAAUUCUUCAAGCUCUGUGACAGUGGAGGCCACAGCAACAGAUGCGCAAAUCCAGCCAAAUAAAAUGCUGUUACCACCCACUGUCCCCUUUAAACCAAAACUAGAAAGCGUUCUUGUGAACCACCAAGACCACAAACCUAAAGCUGGAUUGAGAGUGCAUUUUAAAUUACCUGAAGAUGAUACAGGAAGUGAACCUUCAUUUGAAGGGGAACACAACAAAACAAACAAACAGAAUGCCUGGACAUCAGUGCCAAAUUCACCGACGAAGGAGCCUCCACCAGUAUUUGCCAAACCAAAACUUGAUCCCAUCCAGUUGCAACAAUUGCACAACCAGGUUCUCCUUGAACAACAGCAAGAAGUGAACGUACUGCAAUCAACAACUCAAUCAUCAUCCCUGCCUACCACCUUCCCACCUGCAUCUCCAUCCACCAUGAAUACUCACACUUACAAUUCUCAUCAGUCUGCACAGAUGCCUUCUGCUAGCAGGUCAACAAUACCAACCAACACUCUGCCCCACGCAUUUAAUUAUACACGUCCAAAACAGUUCAUUGCUGCUCAGAAUGUCAGAAGUUAUUCACCGUCAAAUUCUCCUCUGCCUGCAUUGAGCAUGAUAUCGCAAAAAACAGAGAGGGUGGAUAGUAAAGAAAAUUAUUUUGGAUUCCCACUCACAGUAGCAUCACAAUAUGAUGUCUCACACAGUUAUUCAACAACAAGUGCAGUUGGACAGACUGCUCCCACUAUUCCACCACUUCUGAGUUUUCAGCCUCAGGUUGCUUCACCAACUGGUGGCUCCUGCCCUAGUCCGGUUCACAACCCAGUGGCUUUCCUCAGCUCUGUGCUACCGUCGUUGCCCUCUGCACCACCUACCAAUGCAAUGGGUCUUCCCAAGAGUGCUCCAAUAAUUUCUACACAAGGUGUCUUGAAGAAAGUGUUGAAAUCACCACGAUCGUCCACUAAUGAUGAAAUACGAGAAAGCAAGGAUGCUGUAAUACGUGACUUAGAUAGAAAGUCAAACUUCAGAGAUGACGUUUACCAUACUGGGCAGCAGGAAUACAAAGUGUCCAAUUUUGAACAAAGACUUAUGAAUGAAAUUGAAUUCCGUCUGGAGAGGACUCCUGUGGAUGAAUCUGACGAUGAAAUAGAACAUGAAGAUAUUCCUACAGGGAAGUGCAUUGCACCAAUUUUUGACAAAAAACUCAAACAUUUCCGGGUGGUUGAAGGAUCACCAGUAACCAUCAGCUGCAAACUUAUCAGCAUACCAGUACCAAAAGUAUAUUGGUUUAAAGAUGGUAAACAGAUUUCUAAGAAGAAUGAACAUUAUAAAAUGAAGCGGGAAGGUGAUGGUACAUGCAUGUUGUACAUCGAAUCAGCUACGAAUGAUGAUGAUGGAAAUUACACAGUUAUGGCAGCAAAUCCCCAGGGAAGAACCAGUUGCUCUGGUCACCUCAUGGUACAGAAUACUCCAUUCCGUGGCCGUGUAGUCCCAUCUGUUCAAAGCCAAAGAACAAGGUCUCGUGUGUCAGAAGAACCUGUACAGGAGCGAUUUUUCUGCCCGCAUUUUCUUCAGGCACCUGGUAACAUGGUUGCGCACGAAGGACAAAUUUGUCGAUUAGACUGCAAGGUGAGUGGUCUGCCAAAUCCUGAUCUCAUGUGGCUGCUGGAUGGUAAACCAGUCUUGCCAGAUGCGACCCACAAGAUGCUCGUGCGUGAAAAUGGUAUUCAUUCGCUCUUGAUUGAUCAUCUGACAGCAAAUGAUGUGGGUACUUACACAUGCAUUGCAACAAACAAAGCUGGACAAAGUUCCUUCAGUUUGGAACUAUCUAUUGUAGCAAAAGAAAUCACAAAGGCACCAGUGUUUAUUGAGAAACUGCAGAACACAGGAGUGGCAGAGGGCCAUCCAGUCCGAUUGGACUGCAGAGUGAUGGGCAUGCCACCUCCCUUCAUCUUUUGGAAGAAAGACAAUGAGACAAUCAUGCCCAACAGAGAAAGAAUAAGCAUGCACCGAGAUCCUACAGGGUAUGUCUGUCUCUUGAUCCAACCAUCCAAGAAGGAGGAUGCUGGCUGGUAUACUGUGUCAGCCAAAAAUGAAGCAGGAAUCACAUCUUGCACAGCUCGAUUGGAUUUAUAUGCUCAAUGGCACCAGAACAUCAAACAGCAAGUAAGAAAAGUACAACCGCCAAGCAGUCGAUUUGCUGCUUUUUCUAUCCAAGGACUUGACUUGAAAUCUGCUUCCCCAUCAGUGGACACUCCACAGAUUGCAACCAAACAAAAUGUGAUGGAAAGUGAUGAACUGUGAAGUUUCUUUUGAAGUUAUUUCAAUAAUUUUUGCUUCUGCAAAACUUAGUGAACAGUGAAUAUAAUAGAUACCAAAUGAUCAACGUUUACACAAAGUUGUUUUUCAAGAGCUUAGUGAAUGUUAUAUGCAACAAGGCUGAAAUUAUGUUUAAUUAGCACAUAGACACUACAGAGAAACAAUAUAAUGAUUUCUAUAGUUCCUUUUUAAUAUUAUGGCAAAUGCUAUUUAUGAAUAUAGAUGUUGGCAAUGCCACAGUUACAAUAAGCUACUAGAUGUUCAGUAAUCAAGGCAAAUUAGAUGUCAAUCCCCAGCAAUUUUCCAUUUUGCAGAGACUUUCAAAAGCAAUGUGAUAAAGAAAAGGUGAGCAGUGUUAAUGGGUACAAUAUGAAAUGUUUGGUUCUGGUUUGCAAGCAGAUUCUUUCACUUGCAUGUGGCUCAUUCACACUCCUCAAAACCAUUGCUUAAUUAGCAUAAUUGUCUUUAAUAUGAUGUUACAUGCUGGUACAAUGCAUCUAUUUGUUUGCACCAGUUAAACGUUGACUGCAGUGGACAAGUUUAUUCAUGUAUUUGUGUUCCUUGAUAACAAUGCAAAUUACUUUUGAUUGUCUAUUAAAAAGGUUAAUUUUCUUUCCAAACUCCUUUGUGAGUAAUUUACAUAUCUAAACAUAAAAUGGCUAAUCAUAAAAUUGUGAGAUUCCCAUCAUACUUUACCUUCAACUGCUUUAGCUGGUAUUAAGUUAGCCAUAUGGCUACUGGUACAAUGUGAGAAACAUCUUCCCCAUUUCAUUCUCAAUGAGCAGGGGACACUUUCACCUGAAACCAUAAUUCUGUUUGGGUUCACACAUGACACAGCUUUCAAUGAACUAAGGAAUACAUAUUAACCAUUACAAUCUGAUUUGUUUACAUAUCUUGCUAGGUGAUAAGUUGCCACACAUACCCACUUAACCCACUGACUAUGAGAACUGAUCCGAAACAGCGGUUAUUUUUUCCAGAUAUUUUCACAUUGAUUAUGUGUUUAGUGGUUUCCAGGGGCUUCCCUGAGUCAGCAGAGACAAGCUUAAAUAAUAUACUAACUGCAGGAAGAAUGGAUCUUUGGCUUGAAUCAAAACAUUAAUGUAUGCUUGCACUUGUAAAGAAAUAAUGGAUUGUUUAUCUUGUGAAUAAAGUUUUAUUUAUUC